GGGUCACCCCGCAAUGCCACCCCCCCGGUGACUGUCCCCACUGUCCCCUCAGUGUCCCGGAAGGUGAAGUCCCCCAGCCUGGGUGUGCUGGUGCUGCACAGGGGUCUGGGAUCAGUGGGUCCUGUGGUCACUCUGGUGAUCCUGUGGUCACUCUGGGGUUAUUGUGGUCACUCUGAGGGGUCACCCCGCAAUGCCACCCUCUCAGUGACUGUCCCCACUGUCCCCUCAGUGUCACGGAAGGUGAAGUACGCCAGCCUGGGCGUGCUGGUGCUCCAGAACGCCUCUCUGGUGCUCAGCAUCCGCUACGUCCGCACCCUGCCCGGGGAGCGCUUCCUGCCCACCACGGCCGUGGUGAUGGCCGAGGCCAUGAAGGGCAGCGCCUGCCUGCUCCUGCUGCUCAUCCAGCACCGAGGUGACAUCCUGGGGAACAAUCUGCAGUACGUGGCCAUCUCCAACCUGCCCGCGGCCACCUUCCAGGUCACAUAUCAGCUGAAGAUCCUCACCACGGCUCUGUUCUCGGUUCUGCUGUUGGGGACAUCGCUGUCCCGCCUGCAGUGGCUGUCCCUUGCUCUGCUGUUCGCGGGGGUGGCUCUGGUCCAGGCGGAGCAGGCUCGCUCCUCUCCGGCCGUGUCCCCUCUGUCCCCGUCCCCCGAUGUCCCCGAGGGUCCCCCUCAGAGCUACGCCGUGGGGCUGGCGGCCGUGGCGGCCUCGUGUUUGUCCUCGGGCUUCGCCGGCGUUUACUUCGAGCGGCUCCUCAAGCGCUCGGGCGGCUCCAUUUGGCUGCGCAACGUGCAGCUGGGCGCCGUGGGCACGGCCGUGGGGCUGGGGGCCAUGCUGGCCGCAGAGGGGCCGGCGGUGGCCGCGCUCGGCUUCUUCUACGGCUACAACGGCGCUGUCUGGGCCGUGGUGGUGAACCAGGCGGCCGGAGGGCUGCUGGUGGCCGUGGUGGUGCGUUACGCCGAUAACAUCCUGAAGGGAUUCGCCACGGCGCUGUCCAUCCUGGCCUCCACCGCCGCCUCGGCGCAUCUGUUCGGAUUCCGGCCGCGGGCGCCCUUCGUGGCCGGCACGGCCAUGGUGCUGGCCGCAGUGGUGCUCUACGGCCGCCCCCGGCCACGGUCUGGAGCUGCCGGAGGAGGGGGUGGACACGGGGCCAGCGCGGCCGGACGGGCACUGGACAGCGGCAAGUCAGUGGCCACGUAGGGGGAGGGGCGCAGGGACAUGGGGAGGGGCACG